CUGUAGUACAUAACUACAUUUUAUGUACAUGCGCACAUAAAAUAGGGUUAUAUGCCUAUUGGAACCGCGAAAACAGUUUUCAAGUAUUAUAUUGAGUAUUAACACUGAUUAACACCGAAAAAGCGUUUCUAAUUCUUUAUUAUGUCGUUUAAUAAUACCAUAACACCGCCAAGAGUGCCUAGAAUGGUUAAUUCAAACCUACAGCCUAUAAGAAGAGAAGUAGUAGAGUUUCAACGAAUAAAACGAGCAAAACAUAACGUUAUCUGGGGAACAAUCAACAUAAUUCUACUUGGAGUGGUUGUUAAUGAUAUACUCUCAUAUUGUGAGAAAACAGGCAAAUAUUCUAAAUAUGUCUACUACUUUGAGCAUGUUCUUGCUGUAAUCUUCCUAUUGAAUUCAAUUUAUCAUUUGUACAAGUAUUGCACUAGCAAUACCAAACCACCAAACAAAAAUAUCUCCACAGCAAAUACCAGUAAUCUUAAUAAUUCAACUUUACAAACAUCAUUCAACACUUCAUCUCCUAAUUUAAUUAGAUCUCCAUAUCAAAAUGUCAUAACACACACAUCGCGUCUUUCAAAGACUCCAAUGGACAUGUCAGCAACAAGUUGGCUAAGCACUUCAGCAAAUCACAGUCUAAACAGCAGUCCAUGGUCAUUCCAAGCAGAAUCCCCUGUGGGAAACAACUCUCCUGGAUUCAAAUCAUCACCUAUUCUACCAGCCAAUUUAAAUAAUAUGGCUUUAGUUGAUGAACAAUCAUUGAGUCAGUAUUUAAAAGAAUAUGAAGCUAUUGAAACGACACAAAAUAUCAACGUUGAACCGCCAUCAGCAAACUCUCUAAGUUUCUUCUGGAAUCAUCCAGCUACUAAAAUUAAAGACAAUUCACCAUUAUUAAGACGUUGUCAAUAUCAACUCUCAACUCCCAGUUCAACAAAUUCCAGCCCCAAAACCGAUGAUAAGUCAUCACCGUUGAAUCAAAGUCAAUGUUCUGAUACAUGGAAGAGAUUAAAUGUUGAUAGUGUUGCUUUGACACAAUGGAGUGAAAAUCUACGCGUUUGGAUUUCCAAGACGAUUCUCUGUCGGUUAAUAACAGAAUUCACCACAAUUGAUAAAAGCCUGCACGUACAAGGCAUAACCGACGUGAUAAUCGGCAAAGUAGGUUUGGAUCGUCUGCGUAAAACAGCACAAGGACAAGUUUUACAAAACACGCCAAAUCUACCAACGAUCGUUCCAUUUCUAGAACUACACACAAAUCAGGAAUAUCUUGUGCAGAGAAUUCGGGAAUUAUCAAAAGGUGGAUGUAUGAGUGAAUACAAAUGGAAUGGUGGCGGAUAUUACAACGAAAAGGAAUGGGAUCCUACUUUACCGACAGAUGCAGCGAUUGUAAUGCAUUUAACUGCAGCUUACCUUGAUACUCAACUAGUCCCACUGCCGAAUAAUCCUGAUGUGAAGCCAUUCACAGGAUUCCAUUUCAUCAAAUCCACUGAGAAGUUACCGGAACUGACUGCCAACACACUGGCAAUUCAUGAAGUCAGCGUCAAACCGCCGCAUUACCGAAUUAUCAUUGGCACUGAAACAUUUGAAAUGGAUAAAGGUUACAACAAUCUAUUUCAUACUAUAUUGUUCUUUUUGUAUAAUGUAAACAAACGUGAGCAUGGAAUGCUCGGCAGGGUGAAUCUCGGAAGAUCCGGACUUAACAUGUUAUGGAUCAUCAAUGCGAAUUAAUUUAUCUUUUCUAGUAUUAAAAUAAAGAAUUUGAUACUUA